UAGAGUCCAUGAACAUCACAAAUUCAAUAGCUGCACAUAAAGUACAAAAGCGGAAUUUUACCCGCCGGGUUAGAACCCCACUAAAAUCAGAAGCAACCGUUGCUACGGGGUCUACUGGGGGCGUAGUUAGGGUCAUCGAAUAGCCAAUCGUAGUGCCAGGCAUGUUUAGAGGGCGUGGCCGUGGAGAGAUUGUGGCCAAUCGCAAAGAGGGCUGUGAAUAGAGUGAGGGCGACCAGUGCUAGACAGGGGCAGAGUGCAGCGGUCAGAGGAGGCUGAGAACCUUACCCUGUCCGUUGGUUAGAGCUGUGUGGGCCUGAACUGUAGCGAUACUUUAGCCGCCACCAAAUUUCGAUUCUCUUCUACCGUUAGACAUCAUGGAAGAUUCCCAGAGUGAGCAUCAACGGAUGAUACGACGCCACAACCGCGAGAAGAAAGAGCUGCAGGCCCGUAUCCAGAGCAUGAAGAACUCGGUCCCCAGGAGUGACAAGAAGAGAAGAAAGCAGAUGCUCCUAGAUGUGGCCCGCCUUGAGGCUGAGAUGGAGCAGAAGCACCAGCAAGAGCUGGAGAAGUUCCAGGAGAGUUUCCCUGGUAACCUCGAUUCUGUCACUGAAGAUCUGGCCAAGAUGGAUCUCGAGAACCAGCCUCCCCGCCCCUCGAGGGCCCAGAGAAGGCGCGAAAGAAGAGCGGCCCUCGCGAGGGAGCGUCAGGAGAGGAUCGCCGAGGCCGAGAUGGAGCAUCUGGCCAGCUUCCGCAAGGAUGAGGAAGAGAAGCUCCGCGCCAUCCUGGGGGCCAAGAAUCUGGAGAUGAAGGAUAUCCCGGCCGACGGCCACUGCAUGUACCGCGCCAUCCAAGACCAGCUGGUGUUCUCGGUGACCGUGGAGAGCCUGCGGAGACGCACCGCUGAGUACAUGCAGAAGCACGUCGACGACUUCCUGCCUUUCUUCAGCGACCCCGAAACCGGCGACUCCUACAGCCGCGACGACUUCUUGAGCUACUGCGACGACAUCGUGCGCAGCGCGUCGUGGGGAGGCCAGCUCGAGCUGAGGGCCCUGUCGCACAUCCUGCAGACCCCUAUCGAGGUGAUCCAGGCCAACUCGCCCGCCGUCGUUAUCGGAGAGGAGUACACCAAGAGGCCGCUCAUCCUGGUCUAUAUGCGAUACGCCUGCAGCCUCGGGGAGCACUACAACUCCGUGAAGCCUCUUGAGGCCGGAGCCGUCGGGGGCGCUCCACCGCGUCUCUUCUAGGCCCGACGGCGCCUCAGAGCCCUGCAGCCGCCGCUGCCGCCUCCAUCGCUGUGGCCGUUACCGCAGGAGCCGAAGCUGCAGCCGCCACCGCCACCGCGUCUCCUCAGUAGGCUCCGUUUUCUGUUUUUUUGUUUUGUUUUGUUUUGUUUCCUCCGGUUUUCUUGGGGUUUUCUUUAUCUAUUUUACUCAGUGUUCACCCCCUCUCGCCUCCCGCCGCCCCCCGCCUUCCUCCCUCAUUCUUCUCUCCUCUUCCAUCGCCUUUUGGUUGUUUCUUUCAAGGGGUGGGGGACCCAAGGCAGGUGACAAGGAAGAGAUCUGUAUUGUCCUACCCGAGGGGAGGAAUUCUUGCCCUGAAGGGUCUCUGCCCCCCUUACCCCUGAGAAUUGGUCAUGGUGCAAAUACCUUACGGCUUCAAAAGAUGGCAAUUUGGUUUGGUGUGUUCUUCCCUUGGAGGGAAAAAUCAGUUUAGUUCAGAAUCUUACGGUUGUCCCAUGAUUAUUUGGAUUACUUAGAUAAAGUUGGAGUUGAUGUGAUUGAAAUGAUUCAGAGAUGCCUUUUGCUUAGUUCUUUGAGAGAAAAAUGUACCGUGGGCUGUUUGGGGGACGGGUUUGCUUUUCACUUCAACUGGGCUACUGAGGAGAUGUCUCAAGUUAUGAACAAGUCCUGCUCUAGUAUUUUGGUUUUUUUUUUUUUUUCAUAAAAACUUGGAUGGCGGCAAGUUAAUUUUAGUUGUUUAGAUGUUUGCUGAACUUCAGAUAAUAGCAUUUGUUAAGUUUAGAAGUUAAAUGUAAGUGUUAAAUAUAGAAAUUAGAUUCACAUAAAUUGAUAGGCUAAAGUUUACACUAAGAUGUGAAAGAUCUCCAUUUAAUUUCCUUUAUUAAAGAUAGGAAGGGAUAUGCCUUUAUUCAAGGAGUUGAUCCAUGCCGUUAUGUCUACAACUGAUGUGAAGUAGAAAGAAACAAACUGAUAGGUAGCUUAACUUGCAGUGAGGGGUGAGAUCUGAACUAGUAAGUUUCCUUUAUUUUUCGGGCAUAUUAUUCAAGUAAUUGAUCCACUUUGUUCUAUCUACAACUGGUAUGAGGUGUGAAAGAUCUGCAGUUAGUAAUUUUCCUUAAUUCUUAGCAAUAAAAAAGUAUAUAAAAAAUUUUAAAAAGUAUUAAAGUAGUUGAUUCAUCUUGUUAUAUUUGCAACUGGUAUGAGGCAAAAUAAAAGUGAGCAAUAUACUUUUGUUGAUAUUUGAGACUUGUUAAUAUCUUCAAUUUGCCAAAAGAAUAGUAAAAGUGAAAUGAUUUACAGUAAACAGUUUUUACAAAUUUCAAUCUUCAGAUCCUGUAUUUCAGUGAGAUUACUUAAAUUCAUCUAAAUAUUCUUUGU